GGUCAGCCGCUGUUGUCGAGGAACCUAACUCUGUUUCUCCCCUCACCGGAUGAUCUCUUUCUGUAACGUUAAGCAACGAUGACAAUGCGUGUAAAAACACUCGAAAUCCGCUGGCAUGACAGUAAACCCAUAUCGACAUGUGACUUCCAGCCUAUGCCAUUCAAGAAGGCGCGACCGGCCCAGGACAAGAACUUCGCGAGCCAGACGUACAAGCUGGCCACGGGAGGGGAGGACAACCAUGUCAGACUGUGGACGGUCCACCCCAACAUCCUCCCGCCAUCCGUAAGAGAGGACGCGGGGGCGGAGGCGGUCUCACCGAGGCCACCCCGAGUCGAAUAUCUGGCGACCCUCGCCAGGCACUCGGCAGCCGUGAACGUCGUGCGUUGGAGCCCAAAUGGCGAACUUAUCGCGUCCGCCGGCGAUGAUGGCAUGAUCAUCAUCUGGGCCCCUACGACGAGCCCGCAUGCAGCUGCGUACGGCAGCGAUCUCACUCAGGAAGACUUGCAGUACGAGAAGGAACACUGGAAGCCGCGGACCACCUUCCGAUGUACUACUAUGCAAGUGUAUGAUCUCGCGUGGAGCCCAACUGGCGAGUACAUUAUCGCUGGGAGCACCGAUAACUGCGCAAGAAUCUUUGCAGUCAACGAUGGCAAGUGCGUGCACGAGAUCGCGGAACAUAACCACUACGUUCAGGGUGUCGCCUGGGAUCCUCUCAACGAGUAUAUCGCGACACAGAGCAGCGACCGAUCCAUGCACAUCUACAGCAUCUCAUACAAACAAGGUGUUCUUGAAGUGCACGCGAUAGGCAAAAACACGAAGAUGAUGCAUCGCCAUAGUCACAGUCACAGUCGCACCCCGAGCAGACCGAGUCUCUACAGACGGGAAUCUACCACCAGUGAGGCCGAGUCGAAUUCAGGGGUGGCAGAGCCUCUGAAAGAAGACAAUACUCCGUCUUCCUCUCAGGCACCUGCCCUAUUGACACCUGUACCCUCUGUUCCGAGUACUCCGUCCACAUCCAUGUUUCCCCCGCCCCCCGUCGAGCGACCGUCUUCUAGGCGCUCAUCACUCAGCAGCUCGAAUGCACCAGGGUCGCCGGCAACGUAUACCCGAUACGCACGCUCGCCGUCGCCGAUGCCCGCACUCCCCGCCAUACGCAUGCCUCCUACCCCUUCUGCAACGUGGCACUCUGUGAAGCUGUACGGCGACGAGAGCUACACGAACUUCUUCCGGCGCUUGACGUUCAGCCCCGACGGUGGACUUCUUCUCACACCCGCUGGUCAGUUCGAAGAUCCAUCCGUGACACCAAUUUCGUCAAAGAGCGGCGACGAGCAGCGUGGGCGGAAGGGUCACCCAUCUAGUGACGUUCCCUCCCAGGCCUCGUCCUCGUCCGUGUACAUCUAUUCGCGGGCCAACUUCGCACGACCUCCGACUGCCCGGCUACCCGGUCACAAGAAGGCGAGCGUCGCUGUCAAGUUUUCGCCUAUUCUCUACGAGCUGCGCGCAGGUGUCAGCGAAGGGGAGCUGUCGUCGCUGGAACCAAAGACGAUCACUGUGGAAAGGGGCGUCGAUAAGGCUGUUGACGUCGAUAUCGCGGAUCCCAAGCCUCCACCGUCGCAAACCCCAGAGACGACAACUAACUCUCCCGUCAAGCAAAUUGCGAAUAUGUCCCCGAUCAUAGCUCCGUCACCGCGGAUUGCCAUCCCUCCGACGCCGCAAAGCGCGACAAUGCCUUCGCCCGCUCUUUCUGCUACUGACUCCUUGCGUCCCCCCACUCCGGCAGCGUCCAAGCCUGCAACGCCUGCCAUCACUCCAAACGCACAAGGGACAGCAUCCGUCUUUGCUCUGCCUUAUCGCAUGCUUUACGCUAUUGCGACAAUGGAUACAAUCACGAUUCACGACACGCAGCAAGCUGGGCCUGUCUGUCUCCUCACUAAGCUGCAUUAUGACGAAUUCACUGACAUGUCAUGGUCCCCGGACGGCCAAUGCCUGAUCCUCUCCUCGCGAGAUGGCUACUGCACUCUCGUCGUCUUCGACGAGAUCCUCUCGACGCACCACACGCAGCAGCAGACGCUACAAUUACAGUCCAUCGCGCACCACCACUCGGUGCCGCUCACGAGCUCGACAAUGGCGACACCGCUCUCGACACCCUCGUCCUCUGUCGUCGCGCUCCCGAGUAUGUCUCCCAUCGUACAGCCCGUUGUGCCCCUCAAGCGCGCAGCCGAGCCGCCGCUGACGCCUGCCGCGAGCGUCGACGAGAAUAUACCAUCAUUGCCCGGCAUGUCCGAGGCUCACCACAACCCCGUGCCGCCCAGCGCGUCGUCUGCCGACACUACAGCUGCCCAGGAGCCGCCCAAGAAGAAGCGACGCGCAGCACUCACGCGUGUCGGCGACCUCCCAUCGUGAUCUACGCAUUGCACGGUCGACGCAUUGCUCCGUGCUGGUCGUCUCGUCUUUUGACUUGACUAUGACUUACGUGAUCUCCUACUUUUCCGCUCUGCUUUUGUGACGUCCCCUCCCUACCUUGUAACAUACCGGCCCAGUUGCACUAAUGCACAUCCUUGCCGAUGUCCCUUGCCCUCUGUAUCUUUGCGCUCGAUACUAUGGCUCUCCGAUAGUCUGCGCUGCUAUAAGUUGUACCCACCGUUUUAAAGUAUUCCCUACUGAUGUACCUUUGUUUAAGCCAGAGACAGUAAAAAAUACGUGCUGAAAACAUACUAUCUGGAGCUCCAUUGCCUCAAAGCUUUGGGUCUGUCGCCACGAUUCAUUCCCCGGACAAAUACCUCUUAACUGCCUCCCAAGAAGUGACGGUUUCUCUUUAUUAGAUGACAUGUGCCAAGUAAUGGACGAAAUAUUUUCGACACUCCGGCCAAAGCUCGCUUGCUAGUUAUGGAGAGACGGACAGGGCUACAGAAAAUCUCCAUUGAACCAAUACAUAGUGAGUCUCCUGGUCCCCUGUGUUGCCUGUCUGUGUCCUCAGGUGCUUUUCAGGGUACUCAGACAGAUGAAAAUAGGUUUGGGACAUGGUGCCUAGCGUUGAGACAUAUUUAAAAAAAAUGAUGAUAAUACUCUCUGCGAUCUGAAUGGGCACGAAUGAGAAGCCGUCUACAGCAAGCUGGA